UUCCGUCUCAUCCCGGAAGAAGGUCUCAAUCAUCCCGGAAGGUCCCUGUCCUCUCCGGUCCGAGCCCAUGUGCGGUCCCGCGCGCAACAAUUGGGGGCAGGCUCAGACGAGACUGCUGCCCCGUCCCGCCCCUCUGGCUGCGCUCCCCUGCAGACUAGGCCUCGCGGCGGAAACUUCUCUGCCCUGGACAAAAAGGCGGCCAGCCCACGCCUGCGCCCCGCACUCUUGACCCCCAACACACCCACGUCGGGGUGGAGAGCUCGAACGCUGCCCGGCAGGGGAAGGGUCUCUGCCCGCCCAGUUACUCUGUAGUAGAGCGUCGUAGGGCCCCUCCUCCCCCCAUUCUUCAUCGAGGGGUACCUGGGCCCGGAAGGCUUCCCAGGAAGGAGUUGGCUGCCUAAAAGUGGGGUGGGCGGUCCAGGGACCCUCUCUGGGGGCUCCCCUCCCCCUCCUGGCCAUCCCAUCUUCCAGCGAACACUGGCGGGGCUGCCCGGAGCCGAGGGGGGAGGGACGUCUGUCGGUCACAUGGUCUCCCCCCCCCCCUCCGGGCUCCCGGGAGGCCUCUGGGAGCCGUCUGGGCUCGACCCACGGAGGCUGCUGAUUAGGGCCUGGCAGGGAGAGGAGGGAAUGAUAGGGUGGGGCAGGCGGGCGCUGAGCUAAGAAGGGCUGUGAUGGGGGGUCCGCGGCUCCCCGGCUCCCCCGCGCUCCUGCUGCUGCUGCUGCCGCCUCUCUCCUGGGGGAGCCAGCCCGAGCGCCCCCCGGGACCCCUGGCUUUCGUGGCCUUGGUCUAUCGCCAUGGCGACCGCGCUCCCCUGGACUCCUACCCCACGGACCCCCACCGCGACGGCGCCUUGUGGCCCGAGGGGCCCGGCCAGCUCACCCAGGAGGGCGUCCGGCAGCAGCUCGAGCUGGGCAGCUUCCUGAGGGCCAGGUACGGGCACUUCCUGAGCCCGAGGUAUCGCCGGGAGGAGCUCUAUGUCCGCAGCACCGACUACGACCGGACCCUUCAGAGUGCUCAGGCCAACCUGGCCGGGCUCUUCCCGGGGUCUCCUCUGAGCCCCGGCUGGAUGCCCGUGCCCGUCCACACUGUUCCGGCAGCUCAGGACAAGCUGCUGAAGUUCCGCUCGCAGGAGUGUCCGCGUUACCAGAGACUCCUGCGGGAGACGGUGGAGGGAGAAGACUACCUGCGCGCCCUGGAGGGCUGGAGAGAUUUCCUGGUGCGUCUGGGGAACCUGACCGGCUUGUCCCUGGCCGAGGGGCCCCUCCACCGGGCCUGGAAGGUGCUGGACACGCUGACCUGCCAGCAAGCCCACGGCCUCCCCCUCCCGGCGUGGGCCACCCCCGACGUGCUCCGCUCUCUGGCCGGGGUCUCGGCCCUGGACGUUCGCGCCCACCUUGGCCCGCCGCGGGCACAGGAGAAGGCCCAGCUCAGCGGAGGAAUCCUGCUCGAUGCCAUCCUAACCAACUUCACCCAAGCUCGGGCGCGGGGGCUGCCCCUCAAGAUGGUCAUGUACUCAGCCCACGACAGCACCCUGCUGGCCCUCCAGGGAGCCCUGGGCCUCUACGACGGGCACCACCCACCCUAUGCUGCCUGCCUCGGUUUUGAGUUCUGGAGACGCCUCGGAGAGCCAGAACAGGAGAUGGAUGAGGGGAACGUCACCAUCUCCGUGUUCUACCGCAAUGACUCUUCCCGGCCCCCCCUGACCCUGGAACUGCCGGGCUGCCCCUCCCCAUGCCUACUGGGCCACUUCCGCCAGCUGACCGCCCAGGUCCGGCCACCCCCAGGGGGCCCUCUGUGCCACGGCCCGUCCGAGGAUGCCAAGCCCGCAGGUGCUGCCGUGCCCCUGCUGGCAGGUGCUGUGGGCGUGCUGGGCCUCCUCAGCCUGGGGCUCGCGGCUGUGCUGUGGGCUGGGCACUCCCUGGGACCCAGGCCAGGCCCCGUCUGAGGGGGGAGCCCCGCGUGCCCCUGUGGGCGGGGGAGACAAUACACGGACUAUUACAAGCA